GCCGGGGGCGCUGUGCGGGGCCUCUGCUGCCGCUGCUGCCGCUGCUGCCGGGCGCCGCCGCUGUCCCCGCUCGGCGCCGGCCGCGCUGCGCUGCGCUGCGCCAUGAAGGCCAUCGUGCAGCGGGUGGCCCAGGCCAGCGUCACAGUGGGUGGUGAACAAAUCAGUUCAAUAGGACGAGGCCUCUGUGUGCUGCUGGGCAUUUCUUUGGAGGAUACACAAAGAGAGCUGGAGCACAUGGUUCGAAAGAUCUUGAACUUGCGAGUCUUCGAAGAUGAAAGUGGGAAGCACUGGUCCAAAAGUGUGAUGGACAAACAGUAUGAAGUGUUGUGUGUGAGCCAGUUUACUCUCCAGUGCAUCCUGAAGGGAAACAAGCCUGACUAUCACAUGGCAAUGCCCACGGAGCAGGCGGAGUCUUUUUAUAACAACUUCCUAGAGCAGCUAAGAAAAGCCUACAAACCAGAGCUUAUUAAAGAUGGCAAGUUUGGUGCCUACAUGCAGGUCCACAUCCAGAAUGAUGGUCCUGUAACAAUAGAACUGGAGUCCCCAGCAGCCACUGUUGAUCCUAAACAACUGACAAAACUUGAAAAACAGCAACAAAGAAAAGAGAAGACCAGAACCAAGGUGCCCUCUGAGUCAAGCAGAGAAAGAAAUGCCCCCCGAAACAAGGAUGACCCCAGUGCCAGCAGCGGAGCAGAAGGAGAUGUGUCCUCGGAAAGAGAGCCUUAGCUCAUCCAAGGCAGGCCUCAGUUUCUUACACAAAUGCUACACUGAAUUCUUGAAGAAAGACCCAACACUGGCCUCAGCAACACUCUUCAGCGACUUUGGAGAAGGAUGGAAAAUGGGAAAGCAGAGCUGAGACAUUAGAAACCUUUCAUUCUGUAUUGAACCAACCAAAGCAAUGCUAUCAGAUUCAGUUGUUAAUGUGUAGUGUCAGUAGUGAAAAGGACUUGUGACAUUUCUGUGUAUGCGUUCUCACACGACUGCUGAGUAAAGGGUGACUGUAGGCAGAUUGUAGCAGAGCAUUUCACUCUCAGUACAUGAGCUCCAUUUAAAGAAUAAAUCAGGGUUUUUCCUUAAACUUACACUUGAAUUCUGAAAAUUCUCUGAGCAGGCUUGUGUAUUGAUUCUCACUCCGUGGUGUCGUGUGCUAUCUGUUUCCAUUGCAGUGUGCAGAUCUGUGCAUAUUUUGGUAAAUUGUUAGCUGCUGCCUAGCAUCAGGUUAGGCAGUCCAGUCUUUCUGCAUGGAUUAAGUUAUUACAAGAGAAGAUCGGCCUCUAGUUGUUUAUCAUGUGGAACACAUGUGUCUUGUAAACUUUUUUAAAACCAGAAAAAACUUUAUUAAACAAAUGAUGCCAGCUGA